CCUGCCCUGUGUGUAGAGGAAGAGGAAGUGAUCCAGAGUGCUCUAACUUUCUGUGUCAGUGUCAGACUGGCUGCAACAUGGAGUACCACACAGAGUUACUGGUAUUUGCUAACUGGAGCACAUUGCUGGUAUGCAUGGUGCUGAAAUUCCCCCAAAUAGUCUCCAUUAUGGCAGCCAGGUCUGCAGAGGGAGUGAGUCUGAACAGUGUGCUCCUGGAGAUCACUGGAUUCAUUGUAUUUCUAAGAUAUCAAAUCUACUAUGACUACCCUAUGGAGACCUACCUGGAGUACCCAAUCCUCAUUGCACAAGAUGCGAUUCUUUUACUGUUUAUUUUUCAUUACUGCGCAAGCUUGAAAAAUGCGAUGCCGUAUGCCGGCAUUUUCUUUGCCAUGUGGAAUCUUCUGGUGCUCCACAAAUGGAUAAUCGACCUAGCUCUGAAUUUGUGCACGGUGAUUAGUGCAUCCAGCAAGUUUCUUCAGCUCCAGUAUCUGUGGCAGACCAAGGACUCUGGCAAUGCUAGUGCCUUGACGUGGGCCCUUGCUUCUUAUACUUGUGGCACUCGGAUAUUUACCACUUUACUCACAACGGGAGAUAAUGCUGUCCUUCUGCGGUUUGUAGUGAUGCUAAUUCUCAACAUCUGGGUGACGGUGGCGAUAUUAAAAUACAGGAAGAAGACUAAGAAGGUUGAUUAAUAACCAGCUGAGCUCUGUACCGGUGAUGGCCAAAACAAAGAUAGAUAUCGGAGAGGAGGCAAAGAAUGUAUCUGUUACUGAUUUAUAUGCAGUCGGAGUUCUUUUUGCAGAUAAUUUGGAUUACUAUGAUGUUUGCACAGGAUGCCUUUAUUUUUCUUCGAGAAAGUGUUUACACAACGUAAAAUAGUUCUUAAAACCACUUUAAAGAUGUAUUUGAAUGCCAUUGGUUAAUAAUUGACAUAUAAUGUAUAUUUUUAAAAGCUACACUAGACAUGGAACACUGAUGUUAAAGUAUUUAUUUUGAAUGUCGGUGUCCUGUAAUGUAGACCUAUCAGUGUUGGGCCUCUCAUUUUUUUCAUGUUCUUUGCCCACCAUCUCCACUAUAAAUUGUAUUUUAUGUGAUUAAAUGUUAGACACUUUAAAACCCAUUGGAUAUCAUUGGGCACAGUAUAGCUUUAACGAAUACAACGUUGUUGACUCGUUUUUAUUAUAGUGAAAACUGUCAGAAAAUCAGUUCUGAGAGAGCUCUACUGCCUGGUUAAAGGAACACUAUAGUCACCUAAAUUACUUUAGCUAAAUAAAGCAGUUUUAGUGUAUAGAUCAUUCCCCUGC